AUGCUUCCUCUACGCUUCCUCCGACAUCGCUCGCCCUUUGCGACCUCUGUCCGUACGGCUUCCUCUUGCUCGACUUCCUCCCGCCUCGAGACCCUGGCCAAGUCUCCGAUCCGUGUCCUCCGAUCCGUCGAAGCUGUCCGUCGUUGGCGUAACCCUCAUGUCGUAAAUCACCGAUCAGUCGGCCUUGUGCCCACCAUGGGCGCUCUACAUGAGGGUCAUCUGGCGUUGAUACGUGCCGCUGCUAAGGAGAAUCAUCAUGUUGUCGUGAGCAUAUAUGUCAAUCCGGCGCAGUUUGGCAUAAAAGAAGAUCUAUCAUCAUAUCCCGUCACCUGGGACGAAGAUGCAAAGAAGCUAGCUGCACUGGAUAGAGAACUUGCAGACGACGGAGGAAACCUGGGUCGCAUCUCUGCUGUGUUUGCGCCAACAACCCCAGAGAUGUACCCCAGCGGCUUUCCAGGACAGGAAAUUAAUAGCAAAGGGAGCUUUGUUACAAUUACGCCUGUUGGAGAAGUAUUGGAGGGUGCUAGCAGACCAACAUUCUUCCGAGGUGUUGCGACAGUCUGCUUAAAGCUAUUCAAUAUUGUCCAGCCCGAGCGAGUAUACUUUGGUCAGAAGGACGUCCAACAAACAGUUGUCAUCCGUCGGAUGGUCAAGGAUUUCAUCCUGCCCAUGGAGGUUGUCAUUGAACCCACCCAACGUGAACUCGAUGGCCUUGCUUUGAGUUCUCGGAAUGUGUAUCUUGGGCCAAGACGAAGAGCUGUUGCCACAGUGCUUCCCCAUGCACUGUUUACCGCUGCCGAAGUAUAUAACACUAAGGUAUCGCGCAAGAGAGAAGAAAUUCUUGGCGCUGCACACAAUUUUAUCAAUGCUACGGUAUCCCGCCAGUCCACACUUCCUCCUACGGAACGUGUGCUCUUCGAGGUCGACUACCUAUCUCUGGCAGAUCCAGAAACCUUAGUGGAAAUCGAUGAGGUUGAUCCGUCUCGCGGAGCAGUUAUGAGUGCAGCGAUUAAGAUGUUACCAGUGGAGCAGGCUCAGAACGGCGAGGACCUGGGCUUCAGUGGAGGUCCAGCCGUACGUUUGAUAGACAAUAUCAUCCUCAAGCCCCAAGAGCCUAGGGAUUUAUAG